CGUGUAGCUUGACCGUGGCCUGUCAUCUGACUCUUUUCCUGUUGGGAGAGAAAAAGUUUUGAAACCCCACCCUCUCUACUGGCUGUAAGCGCAGACGUAGAAGUGGUUCGAGGUCCUGACGAGUGAACAGUGACCGAGGAAGAGGAAUAUGAUAAUAAGUUAUGAUGGAGUUGUUGGGCUGUUUGGAUAGCGACUGUAACAACGACCACCGAGCUGGACCAGGCCACGCGCUCAACUCCAAUUAGGAUCUAACGGGAUUUGUUUUUCUGCGUGUUCCUCUGGAAAGUAAAGUCAGGCAGGUUUGGAUAGCUCUUCCUGUUACAAAGUCGUCGGUCCCUUAGGUUUUUAUGUUGUGAUAAAGCGCAGCUCAUUGUGUGCUUCUGAUAACACCGUAAGUAUGGGUCCUCUCGCUCAAAGAGAUGCGGGGUUUCCUGCGCAAACGCCGCAAAGUUGCGGUCAGACGCGCUCAUUGGAGAUUUAAGUUUACUAAUGCGAACUGGUUAGCCCUGAAACUUGUCGUAAAACACUGGUUGGCUGGACUGAAUGCUCCUUUCCUGCUAUUCUUCUCCGCUUCGCAGCGUUUCCUGCCUGUGGUGGCCACUGCACUUAAUGGCUAAAAAUACAUAAAAACUUGAAAUGGACAGCUAAAUGCAGUGGGAACCCUACUCUGGAAUACAACAAGCGUUGGAUGGUUGUUUAUCAUCGUUACACUUUCAGUUUUCAAAGUCAGGACUCAACAGGUGGCAAUUGUGAAUGAGGGAAGAGAAGAGCUCGUUUACACAUAAUGAGGUGAUUCAAGAGCCUCUUAAAUACAGGCAGGUGAAUUAAUGUGCUCGAACCAUGUUGGGGAACCACACAUCACUUGAACAGAGAGAAGUUGAGACACUGCUGCCUUUUUGAGCUUUGAAGCACUUAGCCAUUAUCAAACAAAAGCAAUCUCUCAACUGCUUCUGUGUUUUUGAGGGGAGAGCUUUGCAUGUAAUGUCAAGACGAAUGAAAGACACUUACCAUUCAGUUAUCUUUGAAUCCUCUCCUGCAGCCCACUUGUUGGUCGAGCUUUUGAACACAUUUCACUGGUCCCUGAUGAACCAACAAGAAAGACAGGAAAGGGAGCGAGGCGCAAUAAAGUACUCCUUUGUACUUUAUUUUCAAACCCUUGGGGUGCAAAAUCAGAUCCAGUCUAAACAUCUGCGUGAGGCUCCAUGGAGCCACUGAAGAACAUAUUCAGUCGUGGCCCACUGUCCAACUGGAAAAAUUUGGAACAAUCACAAAAAGGGAACUUCACCAACCCUGUUUGGACAGCCUUAUUUGACUACGAGGCAUCCUGUAAAGAUGAGCUCACCUUGCGUAAAGGUGACCUGGUGGAAGUCCUGUCUCUGGACUCUGAGAUAUCAGGGGAUGAGGGCUGGUGGGCGGGAAAGGUCAACAACAAGGUGGGCAUCUUCCCAUCCAACUACGGCUCGUUCAAGCCAAAUGGAUAUGGGAAGCUUCCGGGCAGUGGUGUUGUUGCCGAGCUUGGCCCGGCCGUGGUGGGCGAGUUCGAACCCAAGGUGCUGGAUUUCCGGGAGCUGAGUCUGGAGGAGGUCAUCGGGGUCGGGGGCUUUGGAAAAGUGUAUCGCGGUACAUGGAGAGGCAAGCUGGUGGCGGUUAAGGCUGCCCGGCAAGACCCGGAUGAGGAUAUCAGCGUGACGGCGCAGAACGUCAGGCAGGAGGCGCGUUUGUUCGCCAUGCUCGAUCACCCGAACAUCAUUGCCCUGAAGGGCGUCUGCCUUGCAGAACCCAACCUGUGCCUCAUCAUGGAGUAUGCCUCAGGUGGGGCGCUGAGCCGGGCGCUGGCGGGGCGCCGCAUUCCGCCACAUGUGCUGGUCAACUGGGCCGUGCAGAUAGCCAAAGGGAUGUUGUACCUGCACAGCGAGGCCAUCGUCCCUGUCAUCCAUCGGGAUCUCAAGUCCAACAACAUCCUUCUGGCUCAGCCCAUAGAGAAUGAAUGUAUGGAGGGUUUGACGUUGAAGAUCACAGACUUCGGUCUGGCGAGAGAAUGGCACAAGACGACCAAGAUGAGCACCGCUGGCACCUACGCCUGGAUGGCCCCCGAGGUCAUCAAGUCCUCCACCUUCUCCAAGGGCAGCGACGUCUGGAGCUAUGGUGUUCUGCUGUGGGAGCUGCUAACAGGAGAGGCACCCUACAAAGGGAUUGAUGGACUUGCUGUCGCUUACGGAGUCGCUGUCAACAAACUCACCCUGCCCAUCCCUUCCACGUGCCCCGAACCCUUCGCUCAGCUCAUGUCAGAGUGCUGGGACCAGGACCCCCACCGCAGACCCAAUUUCAGCUCCAUCCUGACCCAGCUGAUGGCCCUGGAGCAGCAGGUGAAGGAAGAGAUGCCGCAGGACUCCUUCCACUCCCUGCAGGACGACUGGAAACUGGAGAUCCAGGACAUGUUCGAUGAACUCCGAGCUAAAGAGAAGGAGCUGCGAUGCCGUGAGGAAGAGCUGAAGCGAGCGGCUCUGGAGCAGAAGUCCCACGAAGAGUUCCUGCGGCAGCGCGAGCAGCAGCUGGCCCAGUGGGAGCAGGAUGUGUUUGAGCGCGAGCUCAGCCUCCUUAUCCUCCACCUGAACCAGAACCAGAACCAGGAGAAACCUAACGUCAAGAAAAGGAAGGGCACCUUCAAGAAGCACAAGCUCAAGUGCAAGAAUGGCGAGAAGAUCAGCAUGCCUCAAGAUUUCAUCCAUAAGAUAACAGUGCAGGCAUCCCCAGGCCUAGAGAAGAGGCGGAACUCUCCUGAUCUGGGUUCGGGCUCCUCGCCCUCAUACGGCCCGCGUUUCCGUGCAAUCCAACUCAGUCCCAGUGACAACAGCAGGUCGUUUGGUCUGAGCCCAGUCUGGCCCCUAGAGACCCCUUCCCUUAAACAAACUAAUGGAGACUUGAGGUUGGGCCCCCACUGGAGGCCCCAGAGCCCGAAAAGUCCCAAAAGCCCUAAAGUGCUGCGGCUUAGUCCCCAGGAAAGCAGUCUGUCGAUGAGAGCCAAGCUCCUGGAGUCGGACAGCAACGAGAGAGGGGAAUCCAGGGAUGACUUUGAGGAGUACAGACCCUCUGUGCCGACCCCUCCCGCAGCUCAGAACGGCUCCUCAGUGAAGGACAGCCUGCGGCUUCCUCUACCUCAGCGAGACUCGGUCAGCGAGGAAGGGGGUUCCUCCCCGGCUGGCUCCCCCAGGCCUGAGAGGGGUUCCUACGGUGGUCUCAUUAAGGGCACCCACCGGGCCCUGCUGGGCGGCGGCUCCCUCCUGGCCUCCAUAGGACUAGGUCGCUGCCUGGAUAUUCCCCCAAGGGUGCCCCCCCGAACUAACUUCCAUUCCCUGGAGAGUCGCACCCCUUCCGAACCAGAGAUCUCCCUCCCUAUGCCCCUCAUUUCAGACCCCCCAGUGGUGGACGAUCUCAUCACAUUCUCCACCUCUGAGCUGCUCCCCAAACCCCUCUUGGAUUUAGCUCUGCAGUACCAAGAACUGAAGCCGUUGCCCCUGACGCCGCCUCCGCCGAACCCCCGUGAGAGGAGGACGGCCCAGAUACCGCAUAGUCCGCAGAGCCCGAGGACCCCUCUGCAGCAUGGCAAGGCCAGCCCGGGAGAAUGGACCCCAUGUUGCCAUUCUAGUAAUGGGGAGCUGGGCUGUGAGGCCUGGGAGCACAGAGCCGACAGGAGGAGGAGGUCCAGCCAAGGCCUGCACGCUUCUCAGCUAGUUCUAGACCUGCCCCUGUACCAGGACACCCAGGACUCUGAUGACAAGCCUUCCUCUUCUCUCCACCCUAACCCUGCCCUCUGUAGCCCCAAAACCCCCCGCCUGGAGGUCAGCGUCAUCCCCCGCCCGCGCCCAUCCCCGAUCCGCCCCCGCAUCGACCCCUGGAGCUUCAUCUCGGCCGGUGGCGGGAACUCAGCCGGCGGCCGCAGCCCGCACCGCUUAGACGGCAACCCUCUGGGCUACCAACCCUCCCCCACCAACCCCUUCACCAACUGUGACCCCUUCCCCUCACCGGACUGCGACCCGUUCGCCCUCAAGGCCGACCCCUCCAGCGGCUCGGACGCGGCCUCGCCUUUCGAUCCCUUCUCGGCUCCCUUCCCCACCUCCCGUUCGGCGCCGUGCUCCACUAACGGCUCGCCCACGCUGCCCUCUUUCCGCGUAGCGCCCCUCAACCUGGCCGACUCGCCCCUCAUCGAUCUGGGCUGGGCGGCCUGCGGCAAGCCCCUGGACGGCACCAAAGAGAGAGCUCACCCCCGCAAGAUACUGGGGCUGAAGCCCUUCAAGUCCCCGACGCAACUCAGAGACGAUAGGUUCUAAACAGGAACAGUCCAGUCCACUUAACAAGGAUUUGGAAUAUUAAAAAAGAAAAACAGCCAACCCACUGAGGGAGGUUUCCCCCCAUGGGAGCCCCAAUCAUCGCAGGUCUUAUUUAUACGCCAGCCUGCUGCUUUGGAAACCUGAAAGCCAGUGAAAGCCAGUGAGAGGUGCUACAUUGGAUUGUGAGAUAGCUGCCUUUGAACCAAUAGCUGGUGCCCAUUUCAUUCUCCCUCUCUAUCUCUGUUUCUCUUUCCCUUUGAAGGAGCAGAACACAGAUCACUAGUCCCAUCUUCAGAUUCUAUCAGACUGCUCAUAUCACCUGCUUUCAUCUCCCUCCUACCUUUGAAGCAUUGUGACAAUGCAGAGGUGGAUAAGGCGACUUGCACAGCUUCAUCUGCCUCUACCUCUCUGCAGACAGAAAGCAUUCAGGACAAUGGAAAAUUGGAGUGCCUUAUUUCGUGAAGUGUUUUUAGUAUAUCUCUUUUCAAGAUUUUUUUGAAUGGUUAAUCUGGUGCGUAGGGAAGAUGCUAUGAAUUUGGCUUAAAAUGUGCAAAUCAGCUUAGCGCUGCUGUGGAAGAAAAUGUCGUCUGCGUGUGCACGUGUGUCUAGACUCAUUGUUCGAGGAAAGCUUACCGUUUUUUUGUUUUUUUUUAAACAGCAUCUGCCUGUUGCAAUAUGGGAGAAAGCACUCGGCGGAUAUUCCAGGCCACUCAUGAAAUCUAAGACAAAUCCAUGACCCAGACAUUCCACUUGGAAGCAGAUAAAAUUCCAAUCACAUUCCCCUCUGAAAUGCCAGGGAUUGGACGGAUUCUUUGGGCUGGCAGGCGACACAGCACAGGAAACAGGACGGGGGAGCCCUCUGCGUUCCCUUCAUAUGCCAAAGAAUGCCACUGUGAGGGUGUAAGGGCUGACAAAGAGUAUUUGCAGAAGCAUUGUUUUUACCUCCAUGGAGUGCCAGAUGGGUGGAGUCUACCGCAGACAAUCACAGAUAGUAUUUCCCCUUUAUUAUACUUUUCUGUGGUUUUCUUUUUUAAUAUCAUCCAGGCUGCUUAUCACUAGCCGUCUGAUGCUGUAGGAAGGUUCAACCAAAUACUAAAAGUAUUUGCAAAUACAAUCCGUCAGUAUGGAAGCAUCACUCAACACUUACAGUCCACCAGAGGAGUAGCAGCCUCACAAAGCCAGCACACCAUUCUUGUCUUGGACUUCAUUGACCUGCAGUUCUUCAACUAAAACCACUGUGGGUGUUUUGAAUAUGAUUUAUUUUAUUAUCCACCAAACUUUCCUGAGCCAGAAACUGGCUUUGAAAGUUUAAAUCAUACUUUAAUACUGAAUUAUAAAGGAAUAAUUCACAUUUUGAAGGGUGAUAUGGAAAGACAGGUUAAAUCGGCUCACAAAGCUGGAUCCAGCAGAAGGUUAGCUUAGCUUAGCUUAGCAUAAAGACAGGGAGCAGGGGGAAACAGCUAGCUUGGCUCUGUCUAGCUAUUAAAUACGCCGUCUCGCUUAUUUAUAAAAUUAAAUAAAUAAAAAAGUGACUAAUUAUACUUUGGUCAAUAGUUAUUUUACUCUUAACAAACAAACUAUAAUUUAUAAUAUUUUCUUAUUAGUAGUAAUGCUAUAAUUUAUUGUAAUUUAUCACUGAAUUGUUGCACACAUAACAUUAUUAUUUUAAUUUGAGAAUAUUUACCAAAUGAUUUAUGAAUAGAAAUUGCAUGUAAAACAUGUAUAAACAUUAUUUGUAUGGCUUAAGUUGCAAAUGGUGAUAAAAGUAAACUGUAAAUGGUAAAAAUACUUUUUAAAUUGAUCUACAAACACUAUUUAGAAUUGGUACUGAUACUUAUAUAUGUUGUUUUAUAAACAAUAUUUGCAUGUAUAAAGCAUGAAUAUUUGUGCACCAACAAUAUCUAAAUUAUAUUUAUAUAUUUUUAAUCAUUUACCUUUUAUUUAACAAGGUAUUCAAAUAAUUUGGUAAUCAUUAAGCAAUACUUACUGUGUAUAAUAUGUGAUAAUGUGUGCAACAAUAAACAGUAUACAGUAUUAUCAUUUCAUUAUUUUUUUUACAAAAGAAUUAAUCAAUUCCCUAUUUGUUAAAGAUGGUUAUAAUAAAGUGUUACCCAGCAGCUUAAUUCUCCUGCCUCCAUGAUCGAAACCGCUUCCCCUAAUUGAAAUGACUGGAGGCUGUGAGUUACCUGAAAUGUGAUUAAAAUAUCAUUUUUUCACAGCAAACCAGGUAUAACUUGCUAAUUAGUGAGCUUAAGCAGUGGUUAUGUCAGCACAGCGCCAGGUUGGCGGUUUCCCCUCUGUUUUAAGGCCUUAUGCUAAGCUAACCAACCGUAUUAGCAUUAGCGAUGGAUAACAUGCAUCGAAACAGUCAUAUGGAGAUAUAGGCUGGCUUUGUGAGACGAGGUAAGUGGGCUGCUGAACUCCCAUAUUUUUGCUUAAACCAUUUUAACAUCACUAAAACAUCUGGUAGGUUCCUGUGGAUAACAUGAUGAGAUGCUUCCAUAAAAGAUUAAGCUUAACAUGGAACAAUAAUACACAAAGAAAUGAAGUUCUCGCACAAACAGCAGUCUUAACAGACCAGAAUGCAAUGGAGCAACAAGUUGCCCUGUCACUCUUGGUUCACAAUCUUAAACACAUCAUUAAACAUGCUGUGGCCUCUGCAACAAAUACUGCAAGACAAAUUAACCCCUGAAAGUAUCCAGAUGUUUUUAUUAUCCAAUUGGUUAAUAGUCAAAUGGUUCUGAAGCACCAUAACAUGGUGUAGAUCAAGCAUGUAAACAACUGAAAGAGACCCACUCUCACAUGGCGUAAACCCGUCCUGCUCUGAGUCUUUGCUGGAGCUUUACGAGGUACAAAUACUGAUUGGCUUCAUCGCUGCCACCGUGUCAUUGGAGGACAAUAACGGCUUUGUUCUGAUGAAGAGUGAAAAGCUCGUCUCCAAAGGGGGAAAGCUUUGUGAUUAGCCUAAUAAUCCGUCUGACGAACAGAGGAGGCUGAUAGUGAUAAUUAGCCUCUCGAUAAGAGUAGGGAGCAUUAACAAAGCGUUCAGAUAUUUGGUUAAUUAAUUUCCCCCCAACGUUACGAAAAUGCCCCGUGUCCUCCUCGCAAGGUAUAUUGAGUUGAAGCAGCUUACGUCUCGAUUUAAGCCCCCUUUUUUAUGUAAACUUUCAAAGACGGGUUGAUCUAUCUUCCCUCCCUUUCUCUUUCUUUUUUCCUCUGUUGCCACCGGCUGCUCAGCUGCUGACCGGAUGAAAUCUUAACCUUUUUCUGCGCCCUUCGCCUUCAGGUGAUGUGGGAGAUUUUCUUUCUCUUUUUCUUUUUAUUCUUACUCCCACUCCUGUGCUACCUUCUUCUCUGGAAAGUUGUCUCGAGGGCAGUUUUUGUCCUGACAGUGCAGAGCGUUCAGUAACAGGCAAGUUUCUAUCCAGGAACAAGAAUCGGCAUUCGUUCUAGGACAGAGGAGUGCUCGUUCUACAGAGGCAAAAUAAUUUAUUUAAAACUAGUUAAUGAAUAUUUUUAUUGCAUGUUAAUGUGUCCUUUCAUCUCAUCCUUGUCACCCAAGUAACCCUCAACAGUAGCAAAGAGACACAGUGCUUGUCAAGGUCUCAGUAAGCUUCAGACAAACUGGAUUGUACAUUGGACCCAUUGGUUUCUGGGAUUCACCAAUGUUCUCUUCUUUUAUUGCAAGUAAAAUAAAGUU